UUCAUUAAUAAUUUAAGAGAAAGUAUUUAAAAUGCCAAGAAGAAGUGGAUCAUCAUCAAGAUCAAGACCUAGCCCAUCAAGAAGCACAGCAACAGCUGCAAGACCAGCUCCAUAGACUUAAGCUCCUGCUUAAACUCCAGUAAAAUCAGGAGGAAUGUUUUCUGGGCUUGGAUCAACUUUGAUGACAGGUAUGGCAUUUGGAGCAGGUUCAGAAGUAGCUCAUUAGGCAAUCAGAUCUGUUAUGGGUGGAUCAAGUCAAUCUUAACCAGUUGAAUAAUAAUCCCAGCAAUAGGCUCCUCAAUAACAAUAAUAAGCUUGUUAGAAUGAAAGCCAAAUGAUCACUAAUUGCUUACAAAUGAACUCAGAAAUCACAAGAUGCCAACCAUAUAUGGACAUUUUCAAAGAAUGCUAAAAGAAAUACAACUUAUGAUUGAUUUAUGAUAGAUUGAAAUAGCAAUUAUAUAAUAUAUUUUCAUUAACUUGCUUAA